CAGUGACAGCACUUCAGAAGCCACUUCAUCAGAAAGGACAACAAGCCUCCCAGAAAAACAACAACAUGAAGACCAUCUUUGCCGUCUCUCUCCUGCUCGCCACCCUCUUCCUGGCCUCUGAUGCUGUCCAGGUCAACGACGGCGGUGACAGCUUCUCUCUCGAAUCGGUCAGGGUGCUCCAGGAGUUGGCAGCGCCGCUCGCCGGGAAGACCAUGAAGGCAAGCCCCCGCGUGUCCAAGACCGGCUAUAGUGCUGUCUGCGCCCACCCAACGCUGCCCCAGGAGUUUGUACCCUUGUGCCAGCAGGAAGGAGCUGCUAUGCGAUUCGCAAGGCUGAGUGCUGUCCCAAUGGAUGUGUGUGAGAUAUGUGCAUUCGUGGCCUGCACUGGCUGCUAAUUGAGUCCUCUCACACCCACUGGCUGACCAGGAGAAGCAAGCCCUCGCCAUGUGCUAUCUGGACCUAACGAUCUGCCUUGAUGUCCCUCUUUCCCUGACGACCACCAUAGCGAAACAUCAUCGCAGAUCUUAAAUUUAGGGCAAAACUGCUUAGAAACUGUUACUCUUUCACGGCAAGUUCAGGACACCACUUUUAGUUUUUGUUUCUUUCGUUUUGUUACAAGCUAAUAUAGUUUAUUUAAUUUACAAGUAUUUUUCUACAGCGUUGUUUACUGUUUUGUACGUACAUCUCUGCCUUUUGUGUUCAAUAAACUGCUUUUCAAGUCA